AUGGUUCCGAUUUCUGAGCUGCCUACACUCUACAGUAGCAUGGCUGCCGUUUCAGUCCUUCCACACUUUACUGCAAACCCAACCGUUUCAUUGUUAGAGAAAUGCAAAUCCAUGUCAGAGCUGCAUCAAAUCCACGCCCAUAUGAUCAAAACCGGUCUCGUACAUCACACGUUUGCAGUAAGUAGACUUGUCGCCUUCUGUUCGCUGUCUGGUGUCUGUGGUGGAUUAGACUAUGCCGCAUCUGUCUUCCCACGAAUUCAACAACCCAAUUGCUUCAUCUUUUUUGCCAUGAUUAAAGGCUUUGCAGACAGUGCUAGCUCAUUGAAUUCUAUACUCCUUUACUCGCAAAUGCUGUCGUAUUUGGACGAGUUUGAUGGUGUUCAGUUCUCCAUACCUUCCGUCCUCAAAGCCUGCGGGAGGUCAAGAGCCUUCGGUGAAGCGCAGCAAGUUCAUGGACAUGUCUUGAAGACCAACUUUCAAUAUGAUCCGUUUGUUUCGAAUUCGGUGGUUCGGAUGUAUUUGGAUCUUGGAGAAGUUGGAAUGGCGAGAAGGGUAUUUGAUACAAUGCCUUGUAGAGAUGUGGUUUCUUGGAAUUCCAUGAUUAAGGGUUAUGUGGAGGCCGGGGAGAUUGACUUGGCUCGUGCAUUAUUUGAUGAAAUGCCUGAGAAGGAUUUGUUCUCAUGGAAUACAAUGAUAGAUGGUUAUGGGAAAUGUGGGAAAUGUGAGCACGCUCAAGRGCUUUUCCAAAUGAUGAAACAUAAAGACGUGGUUUCUUGGACGGCCAUGAUUUCGGGAUAUGUACUUAAUCACCGCCCUAAGGAAGGGUUGGUUCUUUUUCGAGAAAUGUUGAGUUUGGGAAUUCAACCAGAUGCUGCCACUAUAGUUUCUGUUCUUUCAGCCAUUGCAGACUUGGGUUUUGUUGAGGAAGGGAAGUGGGUUCAUGCUUAUCUCAGUACAAAUAAGAUCAGAUUGGAUUCUGGGUUUAUUGGGUCUGCUCUUAUAGACAUGUAUGCAAAAUGUGGGUAUAUAGAAGAUGCCUACCGUAUCUUUAAAAGCAUCUCUCAUAGGAGAAGCAUUGGGGACUGGAAUUCUAUGAUUUCUGGUUUGGCAAUACAUGGCCUAGGUGAAGAAGCUCUAGAAAUCUUCAAUGACAUGGAGAGAUACGACAUUAAGCCCAAUGAAAUCACUUUCUUAGGUGUUCUUAGUGCUUGUAGUCAUGGAGGCUUGGUUCAAGAGGGUCAAUAUUUUUUCAGCCUAAUGCAAGAAAGCUACAAGAUAGUUCCUGGGAUCCAACAUUACGGGUGCAUGGUUGAUCUGCUUGGCAGAGCAGGACAUUUACAAGAAGCAAUCAAUGUUUUACAGGAAAUGCCCAUGGAAGCUGAUGUUUUAGCAUGGAAAGCCAUCCUCAGUGCCUGUGUGAAGCAUGGGCAUGUUGCCAUUGGGGAACAUGCUGCCCUCCAUGCAAUUGAGUUGGCUCCCGAGGACUCAAGUUGUUAUGUUCUCCUGUCAAACGUCUAUGCCAAGGCUGGUAAAUGGGACAAUGUGGCUAAGGUAAGAUCAAUGAUGAGACAGAGGGGAGUCCGAAAGAUCCCAGGUUGCAGCUCAGUCCUUUCCAAUGGAGUGGUGCAUCAAUUCCUUGUGGGGAUGGAAAUGGAUAUGAUGUAUAGGGGCAGAGUUCUUUUGAAGCUAGAGGAGGUCAUUUGCAGGUUGAAGUUGGAGGGCUAUGAGCCUGACCUGACGCAAAUCCUUCUUGAUGUUGAGGAGGAAGACAAGGAAAAUUUACUCCGCGUUCAUAGUGAAAAAAUUGCAGUUGCAUUUGGUCUUAUAAACAUGAAACAGGGGGCCCCCAUUCAUAUAGUGAAAAACCUAAGGUUUUGCUCUGAUUGCCACUCCUUUAUCAAGCUUGUUUCUAUGGUUUAUAAUAGGAAGAUCAUUGUGAGGGAUCAGAACCGUUUCCAUUAUUUUCAAAAUGGGUCCUGUUCUUGUAAAGAUUAUUGGUGA